AUGUCAAGCACCGGGCACCGGCAGGUUUUGGUUCCCCAGUUGCCGACGAAGGGAGGCUUCAAGCUGUCACAGCUGGGGGUUGGCACCUGGCAGUGGGGCAACAAGCUCUUGUGGGGCUAUGACACCAAACAGGAUGAGACCCUCAAGGAGGUCUUUGAGACCUUCACCUCCUCUGGUGCCUCCUGGUUCGACACCGGCGACAGCUAUGGCACCGGAGAGCUGGAAGGACGUGCGGAAGAACUCUUGGGCCGCUUCGCCAAAGAUGCGGAGCAGGAGGGCAGGCCACGAGUAGUCUUGGCGACCAAGUUGGCCGCUUACCCCUGGCGUUUGACACCGGAGUCCAUGGUCUCAGCUGUCCGAGGCAGCCUGAAACGCAUGGGUCGGGUGGACAUUGCGCAGAUGCACUGGAGCCCUCGGAGCUACGGCUUUGGCUUCCAGGAGGAUGCCCUGCUGGAUGGCCUUUGCAAGUGUUAUGAUUUGGGGCUUUGUCGUGGCGUGGGGCUGUCCAACUUCGGGCCCCAGAACCUGCGCCGUGCUGCGGCCAUCCUGGAUGCGCGCUCGGUACCUUUAGUCCUCAACCAGGUGCAGUACUCGCUGCUGUCGCCCGAGCGGGAGUCUGGAGUGGCGGAGGUCUGCCAAGAGCUGGGAGUGCCGCUUGUGGCCUACAGCCCUUUGUGUUUGGGUUUGCUGGCGGGGCGGUACCAGGCGGAUGGACGGAAACCAGAGAGCUUUCUGCGGUCCUUCCUCUUCUCCUCCUUGCUCUCCAAUGCAGAGACUCAGAAGCUCUUGUCCCUGCUGAAGGAGAUUGGUGAUUGCAGAAGCAAGACCAUGGCACAGGUCGCCCUGAACUUUGCCUUGACCGAGGGUCAAGGCUGCGCCAUCGUUGGGGCACGAAACAAGCAACAGGUCCUGGAGAACCUGGGUGCCUGUGGCUGGAGUCUGAAUGACAACGAAGUGUCGGCCCUCCAAGCGGCGGCAAGACGAGCACCAAAGACCCAGAAGCAGCUGCUGCCAGCACCCCCAGAAGCACCCGGACGUGACCGAGAAGGGGACGUGGAGGCUGACCGCCGACGCGGAGAUGCACGAAAAGGUGGGGUCGAGCUGCGCUGCGCGGGGGAGGCAUUUCGCCAGAGACUCUUUGAGUUGAAGCUGGCUGCCCAGGAGAUCUUCGGAGUCAAAUUCUUGCGCUUGGUGGCUGAUGGGCGUCUUCUGGAUCUGAGGCACACGGUCCAGGAAGCCCAACUCUGUGAUGAUUUUGUCGACAAGCCAAAGCACAUAGCUGCCGACUUGGCCCUGCGAUCUCCUCAGAUUCAGGCCAGUAGUUUGACAGGAGGUCAGUGGUCCCAACAGCUUGCAGGAAAGCAUUCUUUGAUUGUAGGAUUUUUGAAGCUCCCGCGCAAGGAGGCUGAAAUCCUGUUGAAAGACAAUGGUUCCAAAGGAGUUUUCACAAACAUCCUUGAAACCGCACCAGCACGAAAGCCUAUCACUUGGUUUUCGAGAGCUAAAGAAGAAAGCUCUGAGGCCUAUUUUCAUAGGUGUGUGCAAACAGCCAAGAAACGUAACACAGCUCUGUUUUACAAGAAAAGUGGCUCCAACAACUUGGGCACCGUCCCAACCAAAGAAGAGGAGGCAGAAGUUCACAGAACUACCUUCCUUGGUCGUGGCAUGCCGAGCACUUGGGAGGGGGAGGAGCUUAUUUCUUUUCUUGAACAACAAGGUUGGAAAGAAAUUGAGAUCAUUACCAAAAGGUUCCAUAGCAAGAAGCCUGAGUGGCGGUUCCUUGCCAAGGCCCCGCAAGCCGACUUGAAUUGCUACAAUUACGAUAUCGAAGAAGAUAUGACAAUCACCUUUGUCAAAGCACCCACAAAGCCAGCCAAGGCUGUGUGGGAAAAGUCAUUACGAGGCGUUCCUCGCAAUUGGCACCAAGGCAAUUCCACUGAUUCGUCUUCCGUUCGAGGACCUCAGCUGCCUGCGACCGCCGGAAAGGCUCGGACAGUGAUCAAUGAAGGGACUGAGCCCAGCGAACGAGAACGUAGCCCUCGACGAUUCCAAGGAAGUACUUCCAAUGAACCCAAGAUCGAUGGCAACCAUCGAUGCCCAACCAACCCGGACGAAGCAUGCAAACAGGGUUGGUCCCUUGCCGAUUAUGGAGGCAAUGGUGAUUGCUGUUUCCGAGCAGUGGCCGGCGCCCAAGCCUGGGCACAGCAGUCCGGAAACAUGUCCAAAGACGCUGCGCGCUUGGCCGGAGCUCAACUGCGUAUGCUGGCCAUGAAGCACGCUCGCAAGCACCAAGACCGACUUCGAGCAUUUUGGGCUUUGGACACAGAAGAAACCACUUCUGAACGCGCCGGCCGUAAGGCCCCUGAAACUCUCCAAGACUGGAUUGAAAACAUGGAAAAGCAACAAACUUACGUUGAUGGUUUGGCCCUCCAAUGUUUGUCCGAAAAGACCGGUUUGUGCCUUAUCAUUUUUCGAAAAGACAGCGAUGGAUGGGUGCGAUUUGUGUUCGCGCCUAAGUUUUCCUAUACUCAUCAACCUCAGGGUGUUGCUUGUGGUAGGAAGGGGGCUAGCCCCGCUGUCCUUGUGCUCGAAAAUAAACAUUAUACUGCAUUGCUCCCUGGGGCUCACGUUGAGGUCCCAACGCCCUGGCUGUUUGAAACGCAAAACAAGCAAGCUGACUUCAGCGGAGCGGGAGAGGUUUCCUCCGAACCCUCCACUCCGUCUGCUCACACUUUGUGUGCCGAUGAGCCUGACACACCCUCAGUGCAUACCAUCCGUCAGGACCCUGCAGGUCCACUGCGGAUGCACGUUGUCGGAACGACCGAAAACAGUUUCUCUUCGUUCUCUCCAAAGACAGGUUCUGAAAAGAGUCCAGCAACCCGUGAUGCGCUCCGCGACCGCGCGCCAAGCUUUCGUACCCAGCUCACUAACCGCAGUCGGGCCGCAACGAUUCGAUCUACUGCUGCUCCGGCUGCUGACGUGAAUGACUCUGGUGAGCCACAGUUAGCUAAAGCUCAUAAUGUUCCUGAUCAGUACACAUGGACUUGCAAUUUGUGUUGCCAAGUGUUGCGAAAUCGACUCAAGCGAUCCCUGGCCUGUUCCAGGCGGCGUCACAUUGCAAAAUCUCAUCCUGGAAAGGCCCGACUGGUCCGACCAGCUUUCAAACAGCACGCUCAGCUGGCCUCAGCCAGCUCAGCGAUCCCCGUUUCACAGCGUGCGUGGGAAUGUCCCAAGUGCCACCAGGGCUUGCCCUGGAUGCCAAAAACAGCUUUGCGAGCAAGCCAGCUGGCCCAUGAAAAAGCUUGCUACAAUCUGUCUGCCAGACAAAUGCGGAAACGCUGCUAUAAGCGUGCGUCUUGGCAAGCCAAGCAUCAGAAGCUCCAAGAGCAAAACGCAGCCGCAAAGCGUGGCAAGACAGAUGAGGCCAUUCGCAUUUACAACCAAACUGGCCCCGGGUUUUGUUUUCGAAUUCCCGCUGCACGCUUCGGUCAUAAGCAGGAUCACUUCAGCUGCGCUCGUUGUACCUUAGUUGCCCAGAAGUGGAAAGACAUCCGCCUUCACCGCUGUACAGGUCCCGAGAGCCGUCAGAAGGUCAUGCAGAGUCCUUCGCGCCGGGGGUUUUGGAAGCGCAAGCGCCAACUCAAUCCUGAUGUUGUUUCAUUUUUGAUAGAAAAUUGGCAAAUGACUGAACCUGAGUUGAUGUCUCUUGAGAAAACGUUGGACGCCAAGAAAGCCAAAAAGGGUUUUUGUCCUCCACCCAAUAGUGUUUCCCUCCGUCGCUUGUGCGCGCCGGCUUCCGAGUGGAUUAAAGACCUUACAGCCGAUGGGGACGUACAUCCCCAGCCAGGGCCACAAGCCACUCGCGGUCCUCAAAGCAUGUCUAUUGCCAUGAUUAAUGCUGAUGGAGCAAACAAUGCAUGGGCUGUGUGCCGAUGGGCUGUUGUUCACCGGCCGUCCGUAGUCAUCAUGCAAGAGAUUUGUAUGCCGCCUGACAAGCAAAGUGACAUUGCCCAGUUUCUGUCCAGGCACGGCUAUAGAAGCUGGUUCGCUGUUCCCCAACCGGUCCUUUCUCGUAGUGGUUGCGCGCAAACCUUUGGGGGGGUCGCUAUCCUCGUCCGCCACGACAAGCCUGCCCACUUGGUGCAAACCCACAUUCGACCAGAUGGGCAAGCCCUGAUGUUGCAACUUGCUCAUGCCUUGGUGGUUGGUGUCUACUUAGCUCCCAGGUCCAUGAACAGUGAUAUCCUGCCCACUCUAGACGAGUGGGCUGCUGCUGCAAAAGCUCGCUGCCCUAUUUGUUAUUUCGGUGAUUUUAACCAGUUGCCGUCUUUUGGACAGCGAUGGAGUGACCUGCACGGCUUUGGCGCAGUGAGAGCAGUACAUAACUCGGAGGGUCAAGAAUGCCCCACGCGAUGGGACGGUCAGAGAUGCAUUGACUGGAUCUGGACCUCGCAUCCCCUGAUGCUUCACAACCUAGGUUUUGAAGCUACAAAGUUCUCUGAUCACAAAAUGAUCCAAUGUUCUUUGAGCUACCAACAGGAAACUGUCCAGUCCUUCAAAGUUAUCCAAACCCGUAAACUUGCACCAUCCCCUGAGGUGACCAGAGAGAUGUGGCAAACUGCACUCAAAGAAGUCUGGGCUUCAGCUUCAGUGCCCCCCAGCACGAGCACUGACGAGGAAUGGGAGGCUUUCUGCACUUUAGCUGAAAAUGCACAAGUGAACGCAAUGCUUGCGUGUGGAUGUAAAAUUCCCAAGCCCAAACACAAGCGACCUAAGGGCACAGACAUCCAGGUGCAACCUGCUGAGUCAAAAUCCUUUCGGUGGACACAAGAAGCCAGUUUUCGAGAGCUUCGCCUCCGCAAGCUGCUUGGCCGCGCCACUGAAGCGCUGUCGCAAGUUCAAAAAGGCAAAUCAGUCCCUCACCGCCUCCAGCAGCGCAUCUGGACGCAUGUGUGGGUUUGCAAGAAUAAGUUUCAGACUUUACAACAAAUCCAAACUUGGUGCCAGAGUGAGCUUCAAAUUUGCUUAAAAGAGGCACAGCAACAGCGGCUGACUCACUGGAGAGAUAAUAUGCGUUCCACGGUCAAAAAUGCAAGCAAGUGGAUUAAAAAGACCAAUUGUUUGCCUGUCACCUCAGUUUUCGAUCCUGGCUUUCGCAACGGGGCUGCAACAGCCACGAGCCAGGAGUCCUUGGAAGCCGUUUUGGCAUUUUGGCAAACUGUUUGGAACAGGGACAGGCCUGAUCCUGAAGAAGCCUUUGAGUUUUGGCACGAAGGCAUGCCUCCGUCUCAGUCAUUUGCUUGGACGCCCAUCGCCGCUGAGGAACUCCUCACCCAAGCCAAAAGACAAGAUGGCAGUGCCGCUGGCGUUGAUGGCUGGAGCGGCAGUGAAAUUUCCAGCUGGCCACUCGAAGCUUGGAACAUUUUUGCCGUUUUGUUGUCUCGGUGGUUUGCCCGCCAAGAAAUGCCUCGUUGCUUUAGUAAGGUGCGACAAUGUUUGCUCCAAAAACCAAAUGCAAAACUUCGAUCCACAGAUGGCGCCAUCGGUGCAAAAGACUUGAGACCGAUUUCAGUGCAGUCCUGCUUGUGGCGAGUGGUCGCCUCGGCAUGGACUCGACGUCCAGAAACCCGUGCAUGGGUCAAAUCCUGGGCCCAUAGGACGGCGUGUGGAGGCUUGGAAGGCAGAGGUGUGGCCGAGGCUAUCGACACUUUGCUGCAAGAGUUCGAAAAGCCAAACGGCGGAGUGCUGGUAAGCCUUGAUUAUGCUAAGUGCUUCGACACCAUUAACCCUGCAUUUGCUUUGCGGUGUCUCGAACACGUUGGCUGUCCAAAGGAAAUUUUGGCCGCCUUGCAAAUGGUCUGGAAGCAAGAACGGUGGCUUUGUUUUCAGGGCGACAUUUUGCCCAAAUCAGUCGACGUCUCCACGUCCAUUCCCCAGGGAGACGCCCUUUCCCCUCUGACUUUGCUGGCCGUGAUGGCUGGAUUGACUGGUCGAGUGCUGCAAAAAGAGGGAAACCACACACUGGUGACAUUUCUAGACGAUCGGAACUUCGUGACCAAAACCCCUGAGCGAGCCGCUCAGCUGUGGGAGACUUGGAAAGACAUGUCAGCCAAAGUCGGUCUGCAAGAAAAUAAUUCUAAGGUUCAAGUAGUUCCUCGCAAGGCUGCCUUCCGGACUCGCCUUGAGCAGGCGGGGUUUCCCACCAAUAGCAUCGUACCCUCUGCGCGAGUGCUCGGAGUGGACUUCACUGCCCGCCUUGGGGCAGUCCAUCGACCUACCCAAGACCAACGUGUCAGUGAUGCUGCUCAGAGGAUCGCCCGCAUCGAUCUGUUGCCUUUACCUUAUGAGCGUAAAGCCUUCCUAAUCAAGUGUGUUGCAAUCCCCAAGGCUAUCUGGGGGGCAUGGAACUCCACAGUUCCUUGUAAAAAGCUCUCCCUCCGCCUUAAGAAAGCUGCCGGUGGAGGCCAUGUUGCGGCUGCAAACAAUCUUUUUUCCAUGUUGACUGGACACGGACUCAGCACCGAAUUUUGCGCGGGUUUUCAUGCCUUUUUGCAUUUAGCUAAACAAGUCAGGAAAUCCCCGAGGCCUUGGCCUCGCAAAGCCAGCAGAGGAACCUGGUUGGGCACCGUGAGACGGUGGCUUUCUUCGCUUGGAUGGCACGAGCAAGGAGCAUGGAAAUGGUUCCAUCCUUCUGUUAAUCACACGAUUGAUUUUGAUGCACAGGUCCAAACCAACGAUAAGCUCGAGCAUCACCAGCUCCGAGAAAGCUGGAGACGCAGACAGUUUCGUUUGUUUCUUGCCACUCCCAGGCGAGAUGCUCAAAUGCUUCAAGAAGCUCAAUACAAUGAAGCUCGGGUCACCCUUGCUCGUAAGACGUUCCAAGGGUCCAACACUCACGCCAGAGCGUGCAUGAUGGGCGCGGUCGUGUCCGACGCUCGUUUCGCUCGCAUUUCGAACCCACAGGCACCUGUGCUUCCUUGCCAAUGGUGUUCUUCGGAAGCCGCGCCCACGUGGCGCCACAUGUGUUGGGAAUGUGAAGGUUUCUCAAAUACCAGAACCUUCGAGCCCAGUGAUCUCUUUCAGCAAAUUCUGGGAUGGCCCAUGGGCAUAAACCACGAAUACGAUGCCGCUGUGCUAGCACAUUUGGCCGAUGUGCGCAGACGUCUGCUUGACCGGCGCUAUCGCGCCAUCUAG